AUGGUGAUAGAAUAUUCUGUGGUAAAAUGUGACCAAACUGAUAAAGACAACAUUAAAAUGUAUUUGGGUCUGUGUAUUUCUCCCAACCAGCCAGACUUUAUCCAGGUUCAUCUAACGCUACCGAACAACAAUAUUUUGUCAGCGAAUUUCGCAUUAUGGGAUACUAUUUUGGAAGUAAAACAUUAUAUUUUAUCCGCCUUACAACCAAAAAUCGAUAAUACACAACAAAUAAGAUGUUUCGCGUUCGAUGAUGAACAUCAACAAUUUGAAGUGAACGACCACGCAGUGCUAAAAUAUUACUGGAAAAAAUAUCCUAUUAAAAUGUUAGUAAACAUUAAAUAUCAUUGGGAUAGCGAAAAUAAUGUACCUCACGUGCUAAAUAAUACUUCAACACAAUACUUGAUUCGUCGAGAUGACCGAAAUAUAUAUGACACCAAUGCCUCAAUGCCGAAUGAUAUAAUAGGAUAUAAAAACGAUAGAACUGAUAAAAUUUAUUGGAAUACAAUGGUACAAACUGCGACAUCCGAAACAUCUGCUGAUUUAAGUGAUAAAAAAAAAAAAAUCUCAUCGGCCGUACAAACACUUCAAACUCGAGAAGCCUCUACCAGUUUAGUUGGUAAUGAUUUUGGUACUCAGACUGAAACAUUGAACGUUCUUCGAUCUAUGAACUGUAUAAGAGAAAUAAGUAAUUGUGCUAGCCAGAAUUCUCCUCCUGCAAUGACCGAAAAAUAUCGAGAUAAAUGUGCUCGCACGAUACAAAAGUGUAUGCGAAUGUGGAGUGCUAGAAAAAAGUUUGAAAAUAUGUUGAAAUACUAUUAUUAUCUAAUUCAGUUGGUAUGCAUCGAAAUGGAGGAGUUAAAAAAAAAUGUUUAUAACAAUCAACAACGAAAUUUAAUAAACCUACAAUAUCCUACACGGACUAAAGAUUUUGAAGCUCUUUAUGCUGUGGUUAAAAAGUACCACGAAAACAAAAAAAUCAAUAUAAAAAAUAAAACUGAAAGAAAAGCACAGCUCAAAGAAAAAUUGAAAUGCCAUAAGGAAAUCGCCAAGCACAGAAAUCUAGCCAAGGAAACAGCAAAAGAAAAAAAAAUCUUAACACAACUAAAUUACAUUUCGAAACCCAUUAUUUAUAUGAUAAAAGGAAGUAAAGAAUCCAUUCUUGUCGAAACUCAAGAAACUUAUAAAGCAAAACAGUUAUUAGAAUUUUACAUUUCACUUAAAAGAAGAGACCUAAAUAAAAUGGAAAGAAGUGAAUUUUUACUUAAGUUAAGAAAAACAUUAGAAUCCUCCAAAGAAAUUCAUUUGACACAAUCUAUUAUAAAUUUAUUAAAUAGAGAGCUGACGUUAUUAAAUAUCGUUAAACUAAAUGAUAGCCAACUGGAAAUGUUAAGAAAACGUAUUGAAAUAACUUUCCAAUUUAUCAUAAGACAACCGGAAAUAAACCCAGCGAUAGCAAGAAUCACCACGCCCGCAAAUCUUAUUAAAUGCUAUAGUUGCAGGAAAUUAAAAUCACUUAACAGAUUUAAGAUGAAAUUAGAUUUAACAGAUACCACGAUAUGUAAAGAUUGUAGACAUUUGUAUUGCAUUACAGUAAAACAAAUAAAUUUAAUGCCUUACGAAGACAUAUUCAGAUCGAUCAGAGCUACUGAGGCAAAAUUGAAAACAAAAUCUAAUAUAACAUUUUUCUUAAACAUCGAAGAUAUAUAUUAUCUAGUAGAAAUCAUAUGGAAGGGAAAAUCGGCAUUAAGCGAAUUCAAAGACGUAACACAAUUACAAUUGGUAAGAUGGGACCACAAACUAAACUGGUCCCCAUCGAACACGAUUCUAUUGACGACCGAUGAGGCCGUUGUUCAUUCUAAUAUCAGUAACAUAAAUAAAGUGUACACAAAAACAUUCAUCGAUAACGUACAUCUAAAACACAUGGCUGCUAGAAAUUAUUUCAAAGGCUUAAACGAAAAAGCAGUAGAUUGUAAGUGUAAAUGGGAAUUACGUGAUUAUUAUAAUAAAUAG